CAAAGAGGUUGCGAGGCAAAAGUGCGAUUGGGUCGGGGAACGAUCAGCUUCGAGUGACGCACUUUUCCCACAUUGGGCAAACGAUGACACGCUGCUAAUUGCAGCGUGAACGCUCACGAAUUGGUGGUCAACCUUCAGGUGAAGCAUGCCGGCUUCGAGCGGAAUUGCCUUUGCAAAUCUUGUGGGGCCGCGGGUUUUGCUCGGGGUUUCGGGACCAAUCCUACUGCCUCCUCAUGGAGACCAAGCUGUCGUCGGGUUUCCCCACCUCCUUCCCCUCAGAAACUAGGUAAUCUCCUCGGAUGCCUCUUAUCGUGGACCUGGCGUUGUCAAUCCUUGCUGACAGGAUUAUCCAAAGUCCGCAAGCUGCAAGCGUGGGUGUUUCUGUACCUUGGUGGAGAACGAGAGGCGGAAGGCUCAGAGCUGAUGAGCUGGGGGUGGUGAGGACCUGCUCUUCCCUCCACUGCUUCAGCACGGCAGAGGAGGUAAAAUGGCGAAGGAUGGGGGAGAAUUUGUUGUUGGAAGUUUGUCCGGAUAUUCCUUAGGCUAACAUGUCGUAGGAGGCCUGCCAGGAAAAUCUACCAGGGUUGUUGCAACUGCAUAAUAAUUUGCAUAGAAGGAGAUGUAUCCACGGCGGAGGUGGGUGGUCUGGAUAAAAUCCUUGCGAUGGGGCGGUUCAUUCCGGUACAGAAGAAAACCUAACAUCACGGUACUGUACGAACCAGAGCAUUAAGACGCCAAGCUGUUCGGAUUCCUGCAGCUACUCAAUUGGCUUAGGGAGUAAUAUUUCUCCCUUAACUUGCAGAGUUUAAGCACAAGCUCUCGAUGAACUGCAAAGGUCUAAGUUGAUUUGAUAACUUUGAAAUACUGUUGCAGUUUCACAUGUACUGCGUUCAGAAGCAGUUGGUUCUGUGCAUUUCUAGUUCUAUAUAUAUAUAUAUAUAUAUAUAUAUAUCAGCAUGGUGAGCUAUAACUCUACUGCGUCGCUUCAACGUUACAUCGUGCAGCGAUGGCGACUACUAAGUUGUUUGGAGACGUCUUUUUUGUUCUUAUUGCACUUUUCAUUAUCCAGGCUCUUAUUCUUCCCGUGUUGGCCAGGCCUCACCUUAUGGAUAAUCCUGCGCAAGCUGCGAUCGGCAUCAGGGCAAGUUUCCUAUACCUUGCAAGAAUCCAAAAUCGAGAAAGCUUGCGGCAUCUGAAAAAUGGUAUGGGGGAGGAGGUUGUGAUAGCUGCGACCGUGGUGGACACAACAAUGGUGGGUACAACAACUGGCCCGGCAAUGGAAACGGAUCAUGUUAUGGAAAUGGUUCGGGCUACGGAAAUGGAGCAGGCUAUGGAAAUGACCCAGGUUCUGGUUAUGGAGACGGAUCUGGCUAUGGGCAUGGACCUGGAGGAUAUCAUCGAGGAGGAGGAGGAGGAGGUGGCGGCGGAGGAGGCGGGGGAGGAGGGGGUGGCGGAGGUGGAGGUGGAGGUGGAGGCGGUGGCGGUGGCGGUGGCGGCGGGGGAGGGGGAGGAGGAGGAGGUCACCAUUGAACCUGUGAAUUCAAUCACAAAUGAAUGUUCGGGAGUAGAUAAGAUCGAUCAGUGAUGAUUCUGUCAACAUCGUAAACAUCGAAGUCGAGUAUAAGCAUUUAAAACGGUUGCCCCUAAGAAUCAUCCGCGAGUGGAAUGAUCUGCUGCAUUCUGAAUUACUGUUAAUUGGAUGGUCUACUGUGACUUUUUAUUUUCGGUGGCGAGACGCUGGCAAGGCUUGGGAUCCAUUUCUAGUGGGAAACCAGCUCAUUUUUCUGUUGAUGUUUGAGGUUCAACCGGCAGGACAAUGCAGGUCUGUUUUCCGAGAUUAAGGGGUUAUCAGUUCAUUAUUCAUGUCUAGAUGGAUGCUUGGUGCUAGUUAAAAAUUGCAGCGGAGGCAAUCAGAUUGUUAAUUAGUGGAAAAUGGACUCAGCUUGCAAAGAUUGUGACUCAUCCCUGUCUGUUCACUUCAAGGCCAUUUGUUGACGUAGUGUUGUGUGACAUCCUUGAAAGCACGAAUGAUGGUAUCCAAUGCUUGCUCAAAUUUCCUUGUAUACAAUCGCAACCAUUACUAAUAAAAUCUACAGCAAAAUCACCAGUCGAGCGUCACACAAGUUUUACCGAUCCUUUCAAUAAAAAUACAUGUAACAUGA